GCCGGCCAGUGCUUAAAAGUUGGGAAACGUCUAGAACCGGAUGGCAGUUGUACCGACGUUUGUCGUCUUUCUAGCACUAGUCGUUGUUCAGAUUGGAUUUGGAGGCUACGGUGUUUUGGUGAAGAAAUUUGCGGCCAGCAGCAAAGUCAACCCUCUGAUUUUUUGUCUCAUUCGAGAUGCAUGCUGCUGGCCAGUUCUGCAGCUGUGUGCUAUUGUAGCGGAACGCCGACUCAAUGUGCCACGUUUACGAGAAGUACCACUUUUCUUUGUCAUGGGUUUCUUUGGUGUGUUUGCUAAUCAGUUUUUCUACAUCAUGGGUGUGUACUAUGUUGGUGCAAGUAUUUCAUCAGUCUUCCAGCCUGCCAUUCCUGUGUGGACUGCAUUACUGGCAAUUGUUACUCGUAUUGAGAAGCCUCCCAGUCUCAGACAAUUUUAUGGAUGGGCAAAACUCAUAGGGAUUAUAAUGGCUGUUGGUGGUGCUGUCAACAUGUUGACACACAAAAUUACACAUCCAACUUCGAGUCUAAGUUCUUCAGAUAUAACUUCACACAGUUUUGGUAGUAAAACUGUUCUAGGCAUUAUUUUUCUGGUAAUCAAUACGAUCUGUAUGGCGAUCUUUCUUCUUAUACAGAAGCAUUACAUCUUUGAGCGCUCUAAAAGAUGGGCACAGUAUCCAAUUUCAGUGACUACUUGGUGUUACCUAUUUGGUGCACUUUAUAUGGGAAUGGCAUCGUUUUAUUAUGUUGGCAAAUGUCCUCGUUCUGAAUCAUGUCAUGACAAUCCAUGGAAUAUUCCCCAACAGGCAGCCAUUCCCUUGGUUUAUGCAAUAUUUGUGGCAGCAGCUCUUUGCUACAUGUUACUCUCAUGGUCAAACAAGCACGUCAGCCCUUCAGUUGUAACCGCUUUUUGGCCCGUCCAGGUGCUUGUUGCUGUUGUGUUGUCUUAUUUUCUACUGGAUGAGUACAUGACAAUACUUGACUAUGUUGGUGCUGCUUUUAUUAUCAUUGGUCUGGUACUGGUUGUGUAUUCAAAUUGGUAUGCUGAGAAACUACAGAAGAAACAUAGAAGAACUGAGAUGUUGAGACAUACAGAAGAAGAUAGACAUUUAUCUCAUUCACAAAGCAGCACAUCCACUGAUGAUGAAAACGUUGAUCCAGUGACAGUAAAAUUACUUAGAAGUGGCAGUUUUCAACCACAUUGAGAUUGCUAUCUUUGUUAGAGAUAUGACUAUCAGACACGUUAAUAAGAUGAGAAUUAAGUAGAGAUAAUAAAGAACACUAUUACAAGUAAUAGAUGUAUAAGGAUUAUUUAUGAUGUGAUGUGACGUGAUGCCACAGCAGCAUACUAACAGCUAAAAUACACACAUCAUUUUCAGGAGACAGUGUGAGGAACCGAUG